AUGCAGCGAAACAACCCACCAUCACCACCAAAGACUACCCAGGAACCACCACCCAAAUCCCCUAAUCUAGUGUCUCAUGAACGCUAUGAAAUGUCACGGCCGUUGGCUAUUGUCGCGUGGUUCAAUGUCGUGGGGGAGUUUGUGAGAAUACACAACAACAUCUACGUCGCAAUCAUGUUGCCAUUUCACUACUUCAUCUUCACCCUCCUCACCAUCGUGGGCUUGAGCUUCAGUUUACCCACACAAACACUAGAAGCCCAGCCCGCACCAACACUAUCGCACGCACUCCCCGACACGACAAGCAUGCCUGACCCCCUGGAGGAAAGACAGGAGAGAAACAACGCCAACCCAUCCGUCUUCAACCCGCCCGUCACGGCGGCGCCCGACCAGGCGGAGAAGCUAGAGAGCAUGGGUUGGAGGCAGACGACGUACUACGAGUGCAGGACUAGAGGCGGACAGGAACGCUGCGGGUGGCAUAUCCCUGUUUACAAGGCUGCUGCUGAGGGUCGGAGAGGGGAGAUUGUGGGGUGGAAGGUUGUCGUUGGGAUUGCUUUGGGGUUGGCGAUGUUGUUGUAUGGAGGGUGGUGGUGA